AUGUCUGUACAACUGCUGGAGGGAGGGGUGGGAAGGGCCUCGUGGGAGGUGCUAAAAACAAUUACUAGAUGUAUCAAUGCAGUUCUCAGUGUACUUAUUAUUGUUCUGAUGCUGCUGAUGGUGUCGAUGCUUCGCAGACAGAAGGUUCCUCUGUUCCUCGAGGAUGAACGAGAUGUGCGCGAGAAUAUCGUUCAAUACGAUGAUGAAGGGGGAGGGGAGGAAGAUACAGAAGCUUUCGAUAUGGUUGCCUUGCGCAACCUCAAUGUAAUUCGUGACUCGACGGUCCGCUGUGAUGUCACUCCAGAAAUGCCCUCUUUCUACAUGUACCCAGCUUCGUCUACAUCCAGGACCUCUCUCAAAACACUUCCUGACCACGUAGUUUUUCGAGAGUUUAUCUGGGACAGACUGAAAGCAGCAAAUAUGGAUCCCUCAGCGCCGCCGUACGAUUCCCUACAGACGUAUAUGUUUGAGGGAAGCGGCUCAGUGGCUGAGUCUCUAAGUUCGGUGGAAUCAUUAAGCUCAGAUUCAGAGCAGCGUUACGACUACCUCAGCCACCGGGGGCCGCACUUCAAAAAACUGUCUGACCUGUAUGGCAAUCUUGAAGGAAGCAGUAUAUUCUCGUAG